UCGCGCGCUCGCUCGCUGCAGAUAGGAGCGCACGGGAAAUGUGUUGUUUCGAAUUCAGCUCGUCCCCGCUGUCAGUGGAGGGCGACGAGCAGGAGAGGAGGCUGGUCUUCCAGUGGGUGUCUCCCCGACGCACGUGAUCACGUUUGUUGCGAGAGAGUUCAUGACUCACUGGCUCCAGGCUCAGGAUCCUCGUCUGGCCUCUCAUCCCACCCUCUGAGGCAGCCAAACAGUAGUUGUGUCAGUGAUGGUCAGUGCUAGUUAGAACCUGCAGCCGAGGAUGUCUGCCACAGAUUCGGACAACUCCGUGAACUGGCUGGUUAGCGACACCGAGGACAAUGGGAGCGCGUUGAAGCCCCAGUGCGGCGAGCCGGGGGCCCCCCCCACCGCCGCCCGCGCCCCGCGCCUGGACAGCGAGGUCAACGACAGCGACGGCGACCCGGCCGAGGACCGGGCCGGCGCCGGCGGGCCGUGUCGCCGGAACGGCGCUCAGCCGCAGGCGGCGAAGAGGCGCCACGGCGCCGCCGAGGACGAGCGCAGGCAGCGGCCGCGCAGCGGCAGCGGGUCGGAGAGGGACCGGCUCUUCAGCAGCAAGUGCAUGGAGCUACAAUGCUACAUUCAUCCGCUUUCGUCGAUCUUGAAUGGCCUUCGUUCAGGGAGAUACAGAGAACGCCUCAGCAGUUUUCAGGAGAGCGUGGCCAUGGACAGGAUUCAGAGGAUAAUGGGUGUCCUCCAGAACCCCUGCAUGGGGGAGAGAUACGUCAACAUCAUUCUCAAAAUGGAGGAAAUGCUGAAGAGCUGGUUCCCUAAUGUAAAACUCCACGACGAAGUCGCCGCCACUCAGACAGAGGAAGCAGUUUCUACCAAGAAACCGAAGCUGUCUCCAGUGACCCCCACAGCGGCCAUCGGCCCCGUCACCGCCGGCGACCCUCCCGUCGGCGCCAAAGCCCUGCGCGUCACUGACCUCACCCCUCCCGGGGCCUACUCCGCCAGCAACCUGAAGUGGCUCCACACCUCACCCAUCUGCUCGCCCGCGGCGGAGCAGGCGCCGGCCGGCCCCAGGCGCCCGCUGUCGCCCGCGGACGAGGACCCGACGCAGGACAACGCGGUGUCCUCCAGCACAGACAGCCGCGCGCGGACAGACUCGGUGCCCAGGGGCCCCCCGCCGCCGCCGCCGCCGCCGCCGCCGCCGGGGAAGAUCAGCGCGCCCUGCCUGGAGCGGCUCCUCAGGUCCACGGAGAGCAUCAUCACCCGCAGGGGGACGCGGGGCCUGAUGGACAGCAGCUGGUCCUAGUCCGCGCCGGGCCGGGCCGGGUCCGGCCGUAGACGCAGCCCAGCCUCGCCUUGCCCACCUGCCGGGAGCCAGUCCGCUUGCUUCACCCAUUCCAGCCUUCAAAAGGGACAUCAGCGACGCCUCUGUAAUGUGGAAGGAGUAUCCACAGACGUUGAACUCCCUGUAUGGGAAUGUGCCCCCCCCGACAUGACAAGUGUCUGCUUUAGUUCCCCCUUCUCGACCUUUCCUCCUGUGUGUGUGUGUGUGUGUGUGUGUGUGUGUGUGUGUGUGUGUGUGUGUGUGCGCGUGUGCGCGACAUAGAUUUCACAGAGGUCACAGUAGAUUGUGAUUCCGUAGCUCAGUUGUUUUCGCCGGCUUGUAGAUGCAAUAAUCCACUUCAGUAUCUGUGAAACCUCCAUUUUUGCCUGCGAGAGAAGCUGCAGCAGUAGUUUGCGCUGCGAGGGAGGAGGCCGCACAGCCAGACGCGUCCGCGAUCCGCUUAUUGUGCUGGAAAAUGUGAGUGAAAUGUGACGUUCCCCCUCCGGACCCCCCGCCAUGACUCCACACCUAAGUUUAUUGAUGUGACUGUUACUCAUUUGUAUACUUUAUAAGCAAGUCUUUUGGUACAACUGUUCUACCUCAGUGGGCACCACGUCACGUUGGUGAGUGAGUAGGAAUGUGAACGCUACACUCGACGUCUGGACACCUCACCAGCGGGGGGUCCCGGCCCGGCCCGGCCCCCCGGAGGACGCUCUCUCUCCACGGCGGCGCCCCCGUGGCUCGGCCGGUGCCGUUGUUAAGAAUGUCAACUGCAGAUUUCCUUUUUGAGUCCCCCAGUAGAAGGCGAGCGGUGCCUGUGAGAUCAAGCUGUGCCUGUAAGCCGGUCAAAACGAGAAAACAAGCGCUGAGAGGAUGUGUUCGGAAUAGUUGCUCCUCAGUGGGAUGUACAAAUCAGGAAUUCUCCUCCUGCCAUUUUCCUGUAUUGCGUAAAUUAUUCAGAUCUUGCCAACUACUUUCUGUGGUGGAGUAGAACAAUUCUUUUGUUUUGCCACAGAACUGGACAGUAUGCUAGACCAGCAGAGAGGGACAAGGCAUUUCUCUGUGUAAAUCUGACAGAAAGGUUGUCAAUUUUCUCUGAAAAGUGGCCUUUAUAGUGUGAAAUUUUAUACUUUCAAAAUAAACGUGGUUAUAUUUGUUUGAUGCAAAA